UUUUUUUCCGAAAGCAGAAACUUCUGCUCUUUGGAGAAAUAAUCAUAAAACCUUUUCUUCAGACGUAUUAUGGAAUAUGUUCAGUUUAUGAUAGGGUCUCUGUCCUAAAAUGACAUAAUGUUCUUGCACUGAAAAGCUUUUUUACAUAAGCAUUUCUUAGAGGAAAAUGUUUUGGCUUUUUUUUAAGUUUCUGUUGAAAUCUCUUUAUAGCCUUCUAGUUUUUAUUUGCUCUUUCCAAUGCCAUCACUAUUUUUCUAAAUUAAUUUCACCAGGGUUUCUCAGGAUUCACUCUCCUCAGGUGAAGUUACUGUUCCCUUGGGCAUAGUACUUUUUUUCGGUCUCUAAUCUUUUUCAUGCUUUAUUAAAUUGUAUGGUCUUACACCAUUUUUCCCCAUGCUCCUGAGCAAAGCUUUAAUUAAUUGAUUUAAAAUUUAUGGCACAGUCUCCAUAAAUCUCUUGUUACAUCUUGGAAAUUUAUGAGAAAGCUUUCAGGCUUUUUCAGUGCUCUGGGAUCAGAUUUGUAAAUCCAUUUCAUUUUCCCAUCUGAAAUAGGCAUCCUUGCUAUUUACAUUUAUUCCAUCUUGAUAAAUAUUCUAGUAUAUGGACAUAGAACUGCUGCAGGAUGGGGUAUAGUUCUCCUGUGGUAUCACAGGUGCAAUCAUUUAAUUUUCUGCCUCAAUGGUUUGGUCAAGAAAAAAUUAGUCAGUUUUGAACUGUAUUUUCCAGUGUAGACAAAUAAAUUCUUCACUGACUUAAUAAAACAAAAGUACACUGACUUACAGAUCCAUCACACUGGAGGGGAAGAAGAUUUCAAAUACUUUAGGAAAAUUCCUAAAUAAUCUUUCUACUUGUAAAAGAAAAAGGUCAGCAUGUUUGGGAUUUUAAAAAAAAAAAUUUCUUCUUAAUUUCUUUUUAAGGUGUCUUUCCCUAGUGUCCAGAUUCUGUUGUGCAAGGUGAAAAAGCUGCUAACUGAAGUGUGUGGGAAGGGGCUGAAUUAUAGCUCUCAAUUUGUAUCAAGGCUGCUCUGCUCUGUUUGUUGGCAUCCCGGGGAACCGUCUGCUUUCACGGUGUCACUGAACUCUGCAGCUGCCUUUGCUUAAGAUCCCUCUUUUCCCAACAACUUAGCUUGGUUUAGUGAGAAGUUGAGCUUUGACUUCUCCCAUUUGCCUUGAUCCUUUUUUUUAUCUCAUUGGUUUGUUUUACUUUUUCACUCUUACCUUUUUUUUCCCCCUUUUGUUUUCCCUGAAGCAAUUCCUUGUGACCUUAUCUCCUUUAUACAGAUUAGAACAACCAAGUAAUACAUUUUGAGACCACAGUGAAGCGUUUCUGCAAUUUGGAAUUUUUGUUCCAUCAAGUCUGAUUAUCAGGUAACAAACUUCAUUUCCAGUCCUUAUUUCAGGCACCCUUGGCAAGACCUUGCCCACUCUACUGGUUACAUUAGGCUUGCAUGUGUAUAUUUUGUUUCUGAAUUGACUUGAUAUAUUAACAUUUUAUUUAUCAAGCUGCUUAUUGAUGAAUUUCCAUUUUAAUAUUUCUUUCUUUGACUUUAAAAAUUUCUAAUUCCUAGGAAGUGGAGCUUCUCAGUAAACUGCCAGCUACACUGGGAGAGUUGUUUUGUUUUGUUUUUUUUUUUCUUUAAAUAACACGUAUAGAUGUCAGUCUUUAUUGUACAAAUGACAGCUAAACUAUGGCUUAUAAAAAGGUCCAGUAACUUUCUUUUGGUAGUCUGACAACUCUGUGCAGUGUCUUUUGUGUGUGUGUGUGUGACAAUAGAAAUAUGUUCUUCUGCUUCUUGCUUCUAACACAUGGUUUCCAUAGAAACAUCUGCUAAACACCCAAUUUAGGUAUUGAUGAGUUUAGUCCAUAACUGAAGAAUCUUAAAAACCACGCAGCCUAAGAAUAAACAACGAGAAAAUAUUUAGUGUCUCCAUGGGUAAAGUAUAAAAUAUAUCCUUCUAAAUAUCAGUAUUAAAUAUCAUAUUAAAGUUUCAUCCUCAGGCAAACUUGAAUUUUGGAGGAGGGAAUGUGUGGCAAAAGCAAUCUGAAAGCUCCCUGUGGCUCCAGUUGCUCGGUGGGGUGGUUGUGUCCUCGCUCGGGCUGUAGAUGGCACCGUCGCUGCACAUAAAAAGCCGAGCUCGUCCAGUCCCUCCCUAGGGAAUUGUUUGAAAGCAUUAAUUUCAUGGCCGGACUUGGUAAGGGUUUGAUAGAGUUCUUCUUUCCCUAGGAUUAGAGAGAAACAUGGAGAGAGGCGUUGAAUUAUUUUUCCUUCGUGAAGUAGUGCUUUUAAAAGCAGUUGGAGCUCAUGAAUGAAAAAGGACCAAUGAUAUAAACAACACAGUCAAAAUUGAUUUUAUUGUAUCUCAGAUGUUUAAAUAUUCAUCUAGAAGUCAUCCCUUUUGCUUUGCAAACUUGUUUGCCAAAACAAAUAAAUACCAGUCGUAGGACUAUCUUGUUUUUGAAGCUUAGCAUUUGAAAUACAAAUUAGUGAAUGGAUCUACAAAAAAAAAAAAAUAGAGAUCAAAGCUCUCUGAAAUCCUUCAGACAAGUCAUUUCCAGAUUCCCUUGAGUGUACGAAAAAGCAUGUAGCUGUAGGUAUCCCCCAUCCCAAAUCUGGGGAUAUAGUGGAGGGAAGGCAAAGGGGAAAUGGAAAGGGGAGAGAAAAACAGUGCUAUUCAUUAGCAAUCAGGAGAAAUCUCAGUUCCUAAAUGGUGAACUUAAAAAUAUAAAGGGUCUCAAAAAGUGAUUUGUUUUUGUUACAGUCUUCACAGAUACUCGUUUAAACAUUUUAUGCACACUAAAAAAAAGCCCCCUACAUUCUCAAAGGGAGUGGAAGAACUUUGCUGUUUAAAAAAAGCAAAAAAUACCAUUGUGCAGGGAAACAAAUUUAGCAGCCUGUCAAGAUCAGCUGUAAGAUACAAGUCUUGCCAUAGUGAUUUAAGGUUCCACAAAUACUAGGGCAAAUGAAGAUAUUAUUUGCACUUCUUAAGAAUGAAAAUGGAGGCUAGGACUCCUGGCUAUUCAAGAUAACACAAGCCAUGAGAAAAAGUGUAAAGUAUUUUCAUAAUUUGUUCAUGGAAUGCUAAUAUUUUUCAGUGAGGUAUUGAUGUGUGUUCAUAAAGUCUGAAGUAGAAUAAACCCACUUUAUUGAUGAGGAGGGAGGAGCAGAGAAGGACAUAAUCACAAAAGUGAUUUGUUUGCCAAGUAACCUGAACAGGCAAAGGAACUUUCUGAAUUUACAGUAAUCAGCUCUUUUGAAUGGAAAUAUUUGAUAACCUUGUGAAGAACAAGGCAAACACUGGCUUGCUUUUUUAAUUUUUUUUUUUUUUUUUGGAACGUAUUCAUGUUAGUUUUUUUAGCAUAUGGUAUUUUCCUCUCCCAUGUAAACUUAGAGUAGCCAUGUUAUUCCUUCCUGUUUUUUUAAAUCUCUUUUGGAGAUCCCAAGUGCUCCUGGAACUUUGUUCCUGGAAGAUGUGCUGCAGCUGUGUGUCUGCCAGGAAACAGGCAAGAUGGAAGCACUGGGACAGCUGAGCCUGAGAAAGGUGUAAAGGGGUCUCUAACACCUGAAUCUAUGAGUCAGUCCAGAGGACCUCUUCUAUUCAGAGACCUUCCACAAAACUCUGCUGUGCAAGAAUAACAGCUUUACAAAGGGAUUCACUGUGAGGAGCUCAAAAUGAAGAAGAAAGAUGAAGAGGAUUGCAUGGAGCUCUGCCCCCAUCAGUGUGUUGAGAUGGAAAGGUGUGAAAGUAAAGAGCUGGAUGUUGAAAUAAGGAACCUGAUAGGGAAGAGCAACACUUUGGAGUCUUGUGAAGACCCCAAACCUCUUGCCCAAGAGAGGCUGAGCCCUCAGAGAACUUCGUGUUCCCUUAAGAGCCACAGUGAAGGAAACGCUCCAGGCUGGCUUGGAUGCAACUGGGCAGGUGGGAGUGACAUGGAAGCUCCAGCAGAACCAUUGCAGUCAAGGCACACAUUACUGAGCAAAAAGAAGCCUUUGUCAUCUAAUUCUCUGGAGCAACAGAUCCUCACACUGGAAAGACAGAGACGAGAGCUUUUGGAAGUGAACAAGCAAUGGGAUCAUCAAUUUAGAAGUAUGAAACAGCUUUAUGAAAAGCAGCUGACAGAGAUGAAGGCAAGGCUGGACGUGUCGGAGAUGAGAGUGAGCGAGCUGGAGCAGGAGAGGCACCAGCAGCAUCCAGAGGAGGAGAGGUGGCGAGUGCUGGGCAGAGAGAGGCUGUUGCAGGAAAAGAAAGAUGCAGAGGUCCUUAGUGAAGCUCUCCAUGAAAUGAAGGAAGAGAACAGGCUCCUGAAGCAGAAGAACGCCUCGAUGAGCAGGAGGAAGGAGUACUAUGAGAGUGAAAUAAGCCGUCUCAACAAGGCCCUUCUGGACACAUUGAAAAAGCAGCCCCCACCUGUUGUUGGGACUCCUCCAGGGAAGGGUGACAGGAGCAGCACUGAGGAGAUGAGAACCCAACUUGAAGUUCUUAAACAGCAGGUCCAAAUAUAUGAGGAAGACUUCAGGAAGGAGAGAUCUGACCGAGAGAGGCUUAAUGAGGAGAAAGAAGCACUGCAGAAAAUUAAUGAGAGAUUACAAUCUCAACUGAGUAAACUCAGCUCUCAGACAAAAGACCUCCCAGUACAGCCUGAGAGGCCCAGUUACCCAGCUCCACUCUUCCUCUCUCCGUGUGUCAGUUAUGGGGGUUGUGGAAUGGUUCUUCACUGUCCGGAUCCUCGGGCACAUCCAGUGCGUCACAGGGCACAGAAGCAGCAGCAGCAGCGCUCGCCAGACUAUCAGUGGUAUGUUCCUGACCAGCUUCCGCCAGAUGUGCAGCACAAGGCAAAUGAUUCUUCCCUGGAGAAGGGAGCCCAUCGCUGACAGCCUCCGGCCUGGAGAAGUGUAAACCAAAGGCUGCAAGGGAGUCUUGCAACUUCAUUAUUCUGUUUUCUUCUGGGGUUUUUUUGCUCCUAGCUCCUUAUCUCUUCAGUGCAUGUGAUUUAUGCCUGGUAAAAUCCCUGUGAGGACAAUAGAAAAGCAGCUCAUACAGGCUGGUGAUCCUCAGGAUCCAGUUAAACUCUGCUGGGAAGCGUUACUGCCCUUUGUUCUGAAGAUGCUGUUUGUGCUGCCUUGUGUGAAUCUCUUUAAAAGCCUGAUGAGAAGAGAUGCAGUUCUUGCUGAGGAUUCAGACUGUCACAUCUGGUUUGAAUUGAAGAGCUUGCAAGCCCAAUAGUGGUGUGAUAUUUUUGUUGUUGUUGUUUUCAUUUGGGAAUGAUGAGGGUUUUUAUUUGAGUCCAGGGAAUGAUUUGUUGAUUGAUCACCUUGAAUUCUGUCCUCUCCUUGGUUGGUAAAAGGGAAAUCUGCUUCAUUGUUUAAACUCCUUUGUGUAAUUGUGAUCAGGGUAACACCCAUGCCAGGCCAGGUAAAAGGUACCCACUUACUUUUUUCAGUCAGGUCAGAUCUCCUUUUAUUUUGGCUCUCAAAUGACAUGUAAAACAUAAUCACAGCGGGGGGGUUUCUGUAUGUACUUAUUUGUAUUGCAAGAAUUUUAGCAGAAAUAUUGAAUGGGUUUCACUUCAUAGUGAAUGUGGUUUUAUAUUUCCAAAUUACUCUUGUAAUGAAUCUGAACAUCAUCAUGUAAACUCUAACCAAGAAUAAAACCUGUUUUUUUAAGUGAAA